ACAAAAUUCUUCUGAUUUCUUCCUCUUAAACGCUUCCACUCUUUCCAGUCGCUACUGUUGCUUAAUUUACUCUGUGCUGAUCAAUCUGGAAUGGAUCGUCUUGUGGGGCUUAUGUUCUACUUUUUUCAUGUGAAAAUAAUCAGUCUUCUGGAGGAGAAGAGGCUUCAUCCUGAUUUCUCUCACCCCAGUAUUAACGAGGUUGAUAUCUACCAGUUCGAUCCCUACGACUUGCCUGGGCUUUCAGAAAGCGACUCCGAUGAACAAGGAUGGUACUUUUUCUCUGAACCUUAUUACAAGUAUGCAAAGAGUAAACGUGCCAACCGACGAACCCAUGGUGGGUAUUGGAAGAUAACUGGUCCAGGUUGUUUUGUCAAGAAUAAAAGUGGCCGAGUCAUCGGCAGUAAAAAGAAUCUGGUUUUUUAUAGACUUGGUGGUACUUCUAAGGGAGCCAAGACUGACUGGGUCAUGCACGAGUUCUAUGUCAAGGAUGAGAGUGACCCUCGUUAUAAGAAGGAUUUUGUUAUUUGUUUCAUAGAAAAAAAAUCAAAUAACAAAUCUACCGUUUCAACUCCUGAUGAUGGUCAGCCAAGUGAGAGUUUGUCUUCUAAUUCUGUAUGUAAAGUUACAGAAAACCCUAACACAGAGGUUGAAUCUCAGUCAUCAUCAAGUCACCAUUUGAUUCCCGAUUCUGGAAAGAAUAUUGCAGAAAAUUCUUAUUCAGAAGUGGGACAUCGACUACUACAAACAACCAAUAUGGUUACUGUACCGGGAAGUUUGAUUCCAGAAAGUACUACCUCAGUGGUAGAACCUCAACUACUAUCUAGUGAUGGUUUUGUUCCUGAACAGAUGAAUCAUAUUCCAGAAAUUACCUGCCUAACACAGGUAAUUCCUCAACUACAAGCUGAAUUUGAUGCAACCAACAGCUCUAAUUGGUUGAAUCACAGCUCUAUUCCUGCACUACAGAUGCCAAUCAAUCCAGACCACUACCAGGGAUUCAAUAGCUGCCAAUACUCAACUGGGUUUAGUGAAGAUUGUAAUGUGCGGGGUUUCGAGUUUCCAGAAAGUACUACCUCAAUGGUAAAACCUCAACUACUUUCUGGUCAUGGUUUUGUUCCUGACCCGAUGUAUCAUAUUCCAGAAAUUACCUGCCCAAUGCAGGUAGAUCCUCAACUACAAGCUGAAUUUGAUGCAACCAAUGACUCUAAUUGGUUGAAUCAAAGCUCUAUCCCAGCACUACAGUUGCCAAUCGAUCCAGACCACUGCCAGGGAUUCAGUGGCUCCCAAUACUCAACUGGAUUUAGUGACGACUGUAAUGUGCAGGAUUUCGGGUUGGAGGGUGAAUUUGGAGAUGUGAAUUCACUAUGGAACUUCGAGAAUGAAUUUCCUUGGGAAGUUACCGGACAGAUUCCUCCUGUUCGUGGAGACACUGAAACCAUCAACUACACUUCAGUAGCAUGUGGACUGUAAACCGCAUCUUCUGUGACCAUGUUAAAUCGUCAGUUUGUAUUUCUAUGUAAUAGUAUGGCCAAGUUCUGGAGACUUGAGCUUGUUCGAUGGGGAUGCUACUCAUCCUUUCACUAUGGAAAAUGUCUUAGAAUUUUUGUUAAGUUCGUUCAAUACACGUUCCUCUGCUCAUUCCAGGAACUAGCCUGAUGUAAAAUCAUUUGUAUCUUCUAAUCUAGCUUUUGUCAAGAUGUUAUCAUUUUGUUCCUA